AAGACUGGGCCUGGUUGAGGGCUCAGCGCGCCCGGCCCCACCCUCCAGGUGAACCUGGGAAUUGAUGACGGGGGCCCCGCGCGCGGCGGACUAGGUUCCCGCGGGUCCUCGCGGCCGGGACCCCGCGCCCACGCGUCCCUGAGUCUCUUCCUCCCUUUGGCGCGCCGACGGCGGCGCGAGGGCCUCAGUCCCUGGGAAGCGACGGCCCCUCUGGUUCGUGAGACUCAGAGACCAAGGCCACCCCGGCUUAGCUCCGUUUUCCCCGAAAAACAGAGUCCUGUCCUUGGAAACGGUGACCCGCCCGCAGUUCAGGCAGCCCUUGUGGUGGUUUUUAAGACACCCCUUUCGCGGACACCCAGCGUUGAUGAACCCAACGUUUCUUAGUCACUUCUCAGGGCGCCCUUUUUCUAACACUAAAGCGAUUUAUUGUCAUCGUUGACUUAUUCUGGUUUGAAUUAGGGUUGUGUGCGUGGGAGCCCUGGCCGCUGAAUGUCAGCCCUCCGAAGGGCUUUGUGACCUCCUCCAGCGGGGCAGGGAUUUGUGUAGGGUCAGCAUCUGGUAAAUGUUUGCUGAAUUGAACUCUUAGGUGAAAGGAACUGUUCUAGAACCACCAACUCAGCAUCUGUGAAAAACUGUUCUAGAAUCAGGCCCCCCUCCCCCGCCCCCGAAUCUCGUUCUUUUUCCUGCGAAGCACCCGGUGCUGCGUGAGGCUUGAACCCAACCUGAGGGACCACAGCUGAGAAACCCCUGCCUGUGUCUGCCUGUGUCUGCUGUAUCCGCUUGAACUCCUCAGGUGGUUCAGAGACUUUCCAGCGGUGUGAUUAGGAGAUGGCAGCUUUGCAAAGGAAAGGGCUGCAGGCGAGGAUUCUCAGCUCUGAAGAAGAGGAGAAACUGAAAAGAGACCAAGCUUUAGUGUCUCAUUUUAAACAGCAAAAACUGGAAAAAGAGGCUCAAAAGAACUGGGACCUUUUUUACAAAAGAAAUAGCACUAAUUUCUUCAAAGAUAGACACUGGACCACCAGAGAGUUUGAGGAGCUCAGAUCAUGCAGAGAGUUUGAAGAUCAAAAAUUGACUGUGCUUGAAGCUGGCUGUGGGGUUGGGAACUGUUUAUUCCCACUUUUAGAAGAAGAUCCGAAUAUCUUUGCCUAUGCCUGUGAUUUUUCUCCAAGAGCAGUUGAAUAUGUCAAGCAAAAUCCUUUAUAUGACACAGAAAGAUGCAGAGUAUUCCAAUGUGAUCUGACUAAAGAUGACCUUCUGGAACACGUGCCCCCAGAGUCUGUGGAUGUGGUCACGUUGAUAUUUGUGCUCUCUGCGGUUCACCCUGAUAAGAUGCACCUUAUCUUACAAAACAUUUACAAGGUAUUGCAGUCUGGCCCUUUCAUAGCUGUCACAAAUGUAUUAAAACCAGGCAAAAGUGUCUUGUUCCGCGACUACGGGCUGUAUGAUCAUGCCAUGCUCAGGUUUAAAGCCGGCAGCAAACUGGCAGAAAACUUUUAUGUUAGACAAGAUGGGACCAGAUCAUAUUUCUUCACUGAUGAAUUCCUGGCGCGGCUCUUUCUGGACACAGGUUAUGAAGAAGAGGUGAACGAGUAUGUGUUUCGUGAGACGGUGAAUAAAAAAGAAGGCCUGUGCGUGCCACGGGUUUUCCUUCAGAGCAAGUUCCGAAAGUCUCUGAAGAACCCAACUCCUGUGACCCCGGGCCUGGGCCACGAGUCCUGACCUUUCACAAGGUUGACGUCCGUGCCUCCCCUUGAAGAGGAAAGAUUCCACGAAGGAGAGCGUAAGGGCCUGGUGGCACUAAAAGAGAUCCGUGUCAUUCAUUACUCCUGCGAGGCUGUAAGCGUGUCUCCAGGCAGCGUGUCAGACAACCCUGUGGAAAAAUGAGGCCAAAUACACUAAGAUAACACAUCCACAUGUGUUUUUAGCUUGGAGGUUGGUUCUCUUCUUUUUUCAGUGUCUCAUAUUUGCCCAUUUUCCUCUGCUUUGAUUCAUUUAUUUCCUCAAGGCCAGUGUCCACAAAUGCCACUUUUACGGCGUCUCAGGAACACUCCAUGGCUCCCUGCCUCAUUCUUGAGACCCUCUGUAGUUGGGCCAGGCCCUGGCCACAGGGCCCUGCGGGAGAGGGAGUGGGCAAGGCCGUCAGCGGGCCCAGCUCCCCACUGGGCAGUGAGGCAGCGGCCGGGAGGCAGAGACUGCCGUGGCUCGUGCUGAUGUGGCAGCUGGGGGACUCCUUCACCUGGUCUGCUGACCUGUUUCCCAAGCAUUCCUAGGUCACUGCUUUCACUUUAUAAAAUAAAACCAGAGUUCCUUUGGCCUGCUGACAAGAGUGGAUCCUGUAAGCCUUGUGUUUCCCUUUUUGCAGAAAGCUGUUGAUGAGAAUGUUUGUCUUGAGCGUAUUGCCUGGACGGCACACGCAGCCAGCUAGGGCCCUGCGACCCCAACCACAUCUGAAGGGGAAGGGUCCUCAUGGGGAGGUGGCUGGACUCUAGCCAUAGCCAUUCUGUGCAUUUAGAGCAAACCCUCCUGGCUCCUGGAGAGAAGAGGGACAGGCACUGGGGUCAGACAGCACGCGCGCUGGGUAUCCUCACUACCGUCUGUCCCUGACUGCUUGGGAGGGAUCUAAGGGGCAGGGAAGCAAGAGGAGCCCCUGUCUUGCUGGUCUGUUGCCCUUAUGUGUUCUCUCCCCUUCUUUGGAAGGCUGGAAGAUGGUCAUCCUAGGUGAGAGCAAAACUGAUGAGGACUAGUACAGAACUGGCUUUUGAAAUCAACUUGUGAAGAAGAGGGACCUGGUUGGGGGCAGGGGAGUGGGGACUCGCAGGCCUCCUCGUUGAGUGAGGGGCAAGCCCAGCCCCAGGGCAGUGUGUUGCAGGAGAGCGUCGACUAGCCCCAGACUCCCCAGUCCAGGGCUCUUUCCUCUAAGUGGCUCCAGCGAGGGCACCCUGCACCCAGCUUCACCCCAGGAUGCUACUAAAUGCCCCUCUCAGAAGUCCUUUCACCUGUUUCCUCCACCA